GAUAGAAUGCGGCUAGGGAGGGACAAACUGCCCCUGAUCUGUUUGCAGUCUGGUUACCAAGUUAGCGUUUGGUUGCAUCUACACCAUGUCCACCUUCGAGAAGCCUCAGAUCAUUGUCCACAUUCAAAAGGGCCUCAACUACACAGUGUUCGACAGCAAAUGGGUGCCCUGCAGUGCCAAAUUCGUGACGAUGGGCAACUUCGCCCGGGGCACCGGCGUUAUCCAGGUGUACGAGAUCCAGCGCGGGGACCUCAAGCUGCUGCGGGAGAUUGAAAAGGCCAAGCCCAUUAAAUGUGGAACAUUUGGUGCCGCUUCUUUGCAGCAGAGAUUCUUAGCUACCGGAGAUUUUGGUGGAAAUCUUCAUAUAUGGAACUUGGAAGCUCCAGAGAUGCCAGUGUAUUCUGUAAAGGGCCACAAAGAAAUCAUAAAUACCAUAGAUGGUAUAGGUGGACUUGGAAUUGGGGAAGGAGCCCCUGAAAUCGUGACGGGCAGCCGUGAUGGAACUGUAAAGGUGUGGGACCCAAGGCAAAAAGAGGAUCCUGUCGCUAACAUGGAACCUGCACAAGGAGAAAACAAGAGAGACUGUUGGACCGUGGCAUUUGGCAAUGCUUAUAAUCAAGAAGAACGUGUUGUCUGUGCUGGCUAUGACAAUGGGGACAUCAAGCUGUUUGAUCUCAGGAACAUGUCACUGCGGUGGGAGACAAACAUUAAAAAUGGGGUAUGCAGCUUGGAAUUUGACAGAAAGGACAUAAGUAUGAAUAAGUUAGUAGCGACAUCUCUAGAAGGGAAGUUCCACGUCUUCGACAUGAGAACACAGCAUCCUACCAAAGGCUUUGCUUCUGUUACAGAAAAGGCCCAUAAAUCCACUGUAUGGCAAGUCCGGCACCUGCCUCAGAACAGGGAGAUCUUUCUGACGACGGGAGGCGCUGGGAGUCUUCACCUCUGGAAGUAUGAAUACCCAACUCAGCGGUCAAAGAAAGAUUCCGAGGGCUUGGAGAUGGGAGUCGCAGGUUCCGUCAGCCUUCUGCAGAACGUGACCGUGUCUACUCAGCCCAUCUCCAGUUUGGACUGGAGUCCUGACAAAAGGGGGCUCUGCGUCUGUAGUUCAUUUGACCAGAUGGUACGUGUGUUGAUAGUUACAAAGCUCCAGACCAUUUGACUCAGACUUUACACUUGACAUUGUCCAGAGGGUUACUCACAGAACUGUGACUUGAUCUGUGUUUUGCAUCCUCUGGCCUCAUUGAAGACGGUUGGAUUUGAGUGAUGAGUGACAGCCAUGGGCAUAAAGCCAGCCAGCCUCUAGCAUCUUUGGGUGUUUGCUGGCCUGACCAGCAUGCUUCUGCACGUGAAGGCCCCAUGCACCAGCACCAGCUUUGUUCCUUUUCCCCAUGUUUCUACUCAGAAACAUUAGAGCCAGGAGUUGUGGUGCCAGCUACUUAACAAGCUGAGGCAGGAGGAUCAAUGUAGUCCAUAAGAUCAAGACUAGCUUGGGCAACAUAGUGAGACCCUGCCUUAAAAUACAGUUGGAUGAGACCCAAGUUUGAUCAUCAGUAUCUCUAUCAGGUGACUUAUAAUUCCUGUAACUCCAGUUGCAGGGCAUCUCAUACCAUUUUCUGGCUGUAUUGAGCAGAGGUACUCAGAGACACAUGCACAUUCUUAGAAAUUAAAAAAAAAAAAUUGUAUUUAAAUUUAAAGCCAAAGUCAGUAGUUGUUAUUUAAGUGUAUUUUAAGUCUGUUCUGUAUGUGCAUAGCUCUGUGCUUUCUCUGUACACUGUGCUCCUACUCGGAGUCACUUCACUUGGUCUGUAAAGUUCCAGAAGAGCACGGUCCGCCUGGCCAGCCUGGAGAACUGUGUUCAGCAGUGUAACUGGUAAAAUCCUGUGACUUCCAGCUGUCUCUCUUUUACUCAGAUACCAGCCUUAGUUGUCUUUUGGCUGUGGGAAGUGAUGACGGGCCAUUGAAGAUUGAAUUUUUUUUUAAACCUUUUUGUCAAACCUUUAAAAUAUAUAUUUUAAAAUAAACAGGUUUUUAAACUA